ACAUCACGGCUGUCUAAACAUGCUGCUCUCAUAUGAUUUUUGGCUUUUUUUUUUGUUCAGACACCCCAGCAGCACAAACAGGCUUGUCAACCUCUCCUACCAGCUAACGAAGGACGUCUCUAUAGUUUUAUUGCAUCAUUUGCAGCAGCAUGAAGAACCUGUCCAAGCAGUGUCUUCCUGUUUUGUUACCAUUCUGGUCCAGCUGGAAAUGAGGUAUGCUGUCUUUGACGAUGGGUCCCAUGGUUAUUUGCAAGCUCAUUUGAAAGUGAUUCGUCUGCCAGCUCUUCUUCAGGCCAUUCCUGACAUCAGAUGCACCAGAGGGAGCACCUCCAGCAGAAGACCUAUGUUCAAACCGGUACAGCGCUCGCUUCACAGCAGAGGCUGCAAUGAUCCGCCUGUCGACCUCCCGCUCCAUCUUCCCCUCAUUUGUGACAAGACUCCAAGAUAUUUAAACUCCUCCAUUCUUCUUGCCUGUUUUUGGGACAUAUCAGCACUGCACAAGCCGCGCCACUCUAACCAGCGUGUUUUUUCAUCGCUUAUUACAUUGAAACCUCUGCCAGAGCUCCUACAGCGACGCAGUCGUUACAACCUCACUUUCACUUUUCUGUGGGCAGUUUUUGAGGCAUAUCAAGAUAUGGAUAUGGACAGUGCCAGUUCAGUGGUGCUGCAGGCCUUGACUCAAGCGACCAGUCAGGACACAGCUGUGCUGAAGCCUGCAGAGGAGCAGCUCCGACAGUGGGAGACACAGCCAGGCUUCUAUUCAGUCCUUCUGAAUAUUUUCAAUAAUCACACGUUGGAUGUGAACGUGAGAUGGCUCGCUGUGCUGUACUUCAAAAAUGGCAUUGACAGAUACUGGAGGAGGGUGGCCCCUCAUGCAUUAUCAGAGGAGGAGAAGACAUCACUGCGUGCUGGUCUUAUCACAAACUUCAAUGAGCCUGUCAAUCAGAUAGCAACCCAGAUCGCGGUACUGAUAGCCAAGGUGGCCAGGCUUGAUUGCCCCAGGCAAUGGCCAGAGCUUAUUCCAAUUCUGCUCGAAUCCGUGAAGGGACAAGAUGGCCUGUUGCAGCACAGAGCGUUGCUAACCUUCUAUCAUGUCACCAAAACACUGGCUUCCAAACGGCUGGCCCAGGAUAGACGUCUUUUUCAGGAUGUGAGUGCAUAUUAGCAAUACUACUUUUUGUUUU